CAUGUGGUGGCCGGGCCCGCGGCGGCGGGCGGCAGGGAGCGGCGAGGCGGCGGGCGGCCGGGAGCGGCGAGGCGGCGGCGGCGGCCCGCGAGGCCCAGGACGCGGCGGACGGCGGCAGGAGCAGGCCCGGGCCCGGAGCGGCUGUCCGGCUGCAGGAUGCGCACCCGCCGGGGGCUGCUGCGGCUGCCGCGCCGCUCGCUGCUCGCCGCGCUCUUCUUCUUCUCGCUGUCGUCCUCGCUGCUCUACUUCGUCUAUGUGGCGCCGGGCAUAGUAAACACCUACCUCUUCAUGAUGCAAGCGCAAGGCAUCCUGAUCCGCGACAACGUGAGGACCAUCGGCGCUCAAGUGUAUGAGCAGGUGGUCCGGAGCGCCUAUGCCAAGAGGAACAGCAGCGUAAAUGACUCAGAUUAUCCCCUGGACUUGAACCACAGUGAAACCUUUCUACAGACCACCACGUUUCUUCCCGAAGACUUCACCUACUUUGCAAACCACACCUGCCCUGAAAGGCUCCCUUCCAUGAAGGGCCCCAUUGACAUAAACAUGAGCGAAAUCGCGAUGGGGGACAUCCAUGAACUCUUCUCCCAAGACCCUACCAUCAAGCUCGGAGGUCACUGGAAGCCUUCUGAUUGCCUGCCCCGGUGGAAGGUGGCCAUCCUCAUCCCCUUCCGGAACCGCCACGAGCACCUGCCGGUCCUGCUCAGACACCUGAUCCCCAUGCUUCAACGCCAGCGUCUGCAGUUUGCAUUCUAUGUUGUUGAACAAGUGGGCACCCAACCCUUUAACCGAGCCAUGCUUUUCAAUGUCGGCUUUCAAGAAGCGAUGAAGGACAUGGAUUGGGACUGCCUGAUUUUCCAUGAUGUGGAUCACAUACCAGAGAGCGAUCGCAACUAUUACGGCUGUGGGCAGAUGCCGCGGCACUUUGCAACUAAACUGGACAAGUAUAUGUAUAUACUUCCUUAUGCGGAGUUCUUUGGUGGCGUGAGCGGCUUAACGGUGGAUCAGUUCCGGAAGAUCAACGGCUUCCCUAAUGCUUUCUGGGGCUGGGGUGGAGAGGACGACGACCUCUGGAACAGGGUACAGAAUGCAGGCUACUCAGUGAGCCGGCCAGAAGGGGACACGGGCAAGUAUAAGUCCAUUCCCCACCACCACCGCGGGGAAGUCCAGUUUCUAGGAAGGUAUGCACUACUGAGGAAGUCAAAAGAGCGGCAGGGCCUGGAUGGCCUCAACAACCUGAACUACUUUGCGAACAUCACAUACGACGCCUUGUAUAAAAAUAUAACCGUCAACUUGACACCUGAGCUGGCUCAGGUGAGCGAGUACUGAGAUGAGAAGGGACACACGUUUGCUUCCCCCACCGACCCUGCCCUGCAAAAGUCUCCCUGGUGACACGUCCUGGGGCCCGCUGAAGAGGAGUGCGAAACACAGUGGGGCGCCGCAGGCACACAGGGUCAAGGAGCUCACAUGACUGAGCACACGCACAAACGCCUUCGCCGUCCUGACUGCCGGGAUCCGGGGAGUCGACUCCAGGCCCCGUGUCGGUACCGGCAUCCCCUUCCCACAUGACGGACGCCUGUCCUGCUGCUGCUCCAACCCCCACCGUCUUUUCCUCCUGCGUCCCGUCUGCAGCGAGCUGUCUCACCAGUGACCUUCAACACUGCUCCGUUCGGCCUUGGAAGCCUAGAGGCAGCCCCCCACACAAGGCAGGUGUGAGCCAGGAGGAGCAGGUGACGCUACGCAUCACACCCUCUGCGUCUGUGGUGUUCUCUUUGGUUUCAGGUUUUUUGUUUGUUGGUUUACCUGCUCUGAGUGGGGGUGGUGGGGGGAGGGGUGGGAGCUUGGGAAGGGAAAUGAACCUAAAUAUAUAACAGUCACUUCUUGAAGAAGUGUAAUUGUAAAUAAGCCAUGAAAAAUGCCUUUUUUAAGAUUUAAUUUUAUAGCUGGUUCCAAUUCUAAGUGAGGAUUUAUACUCUAGAUCGCUUCCUUGGGUUAGCAGGUUCAGGAACUAAAUCAUGACCGAAGGAGGUUCCUCACCCAACACCUGGCACUGUGGCAGGCAGUGAGUGGGCGUGCUGUGCUGUAGCUGACUUGGGUCCCAAGUCACUCAUCCAGCCCUGCGCUCCCACCUGGCUGCUGGGAGUCAGUGUCGUGUGUGUGGAUUCACCCUUCCCUCUCCACUGCCUGCUCAAAGCAGGCCCCUGGGGACUCCCUGUACGAGCCAGGGGCCCCUGGCUCUUAGCACUGCCGCCAGUGUCCCUUCUCUUAGGGACCUUGGCUGUGCCUGGCCCACCUCUGGUGUCUGGGGCGUUCCCUUGGAAAAAGUGGAUACAGAAGGAUUCCCCCAGGGAACAGGUGCCACCCGCGGUGUAUGGUAGGUCACAUGAGAAAUGAAAGGUAUUAAUGAGACC